AAGUUGAUGUAUAGACCUAUAGAUUCAAACAUCCCUCACCACAUCUCUCUUUCUCUCUCUUUAGUUCUCUCUAUCUCUCUCUUCCAACUUCUUUUUCUUUUCAAAAUAUUUACAUAAGAAAAAGAAAGCUCUAUCCUAUUCAAUUGAAGGACUAGUUUAAUUUUCUCUUGAGUAUUUAUUGCAAGAUGUUGUGAAGCCUAGACAAGAAAAUAUGCAUGAGAUGGCUUUCUUCCAAGCAAAUUUCAUGUUACAAACUCCCCAUCACCAUGAUGAUCAUCAUCAUCAUCAACCACCUUCACUCAACUCAAUUCUACCUCAAGAUUAUCAUGGGGGACCAUCAUUUCUAGGGAAGAGAUCUAUGUCAUUUUCAUCAGGAAUCGAACUCGGAGAAGAAGCCAAUAUAGCUGAGGAAGAUUUAUCAGAUGAUGGAUCACAAGCUGGUGAGAAGAAGAGGAGGCUCAACAUGGAACAAGUGAAAACACUUGAGAAGAGUUUUGAGCUUGGUAACAAGCUAGAGCCUGAAAGAAAAAUGCAGCUUGCAAGAGCUCUUAACUUGCAACCUAGACAAGUUGCUAUAUGGUUUCAAAAUAGAAGAGCAAGAUGGAAGACAAAGCAGUUGGAAAAAGACUAUGAUGUCCUCAAAAGACAAUAUGAUGCUGUUAAGUUAGACAAUGAUGCACUUCAAGCUCAAAACCAAAAACUUCAAGCUGAGAUAAUGGCAUUGAAGAGUAGAGAACCAACUGAAUCAAUCAACCUAAAUAAAGAAACAGAAGGAUCAAGCAGCAAUAGAAGUGAAAACAGUUCAGAUAUCAAGUUAGAUAUCUCAAGAACACAAGCUAGUGAUAGUCCUCUAUCAACACACCAUACAACAACCACAACAACAAGCAGAACCUUCUUUCCAUGUCCAUCUGCUAGGCCUCCAGGAGGAAUUGCUCAACUUUUUCAAACAUCUUCGAGGCCGGAACAACUUCAAUGCCAAAAGAUUGAUCAAUUGGUCAAAGAAGAAAGCCUAAGCAACAUGUUUUGUAGCAUGGAUGAUCAAACUGGAUUUUGGCCAUGGUUGGAGCAACAACAGUUCAAUUGAAUCAAAGGGAGGGUUUUUAUUUAAUAUUUCAAUGUAGUUUUACUUUUUUUCAAUGAGAAAUCAAAAGGGUGUGUGGAAAUCUGUUAUAAUAUUUCAUGAGUUAUUAAAUUAUAAGCUUUGUUUUGAAAAUCUUUAUGUUAAUGUAUAAAAUAGAUUAUAUCAAGUAGAAAUUUUAUGUUA